UGCUGCACGACGUGGCAUGACGUUUGUGAUAUACAAUUGUCAAAUUUGUUUUCUAGUGAAAGCAGUGCUGGUUUGUAACAUUUUAAAUCGGCAUUUCUUCUAAAACAGCUAAUAUUCCUUUAAUUUUGAACAAACGCCAAUAAACAUGUCUCGUAAUCUUGUUACCAUAUUCAUUGUGUGCCUUUGCUGGAGUGCUGUUCUUGCUACCGCCUGCAAUAACGCCGUAGUUAGUCCUGUAACUUCAUUCAGCACUCAAGAUGCUACAAUACUUACACAAGUAGCUCAUGUUGGUGAAUUCUCACUAAAGUGCUCAAACAAUGUACAACCAAACCUUUUUGCUGAGUUUGCUUGUGGAAAAAUUGUACCAGUCGCAAAGGUUGGCGACGAUAAAUAUCAAGUUAGCUGGACACAGGAAAUCAAAAAGAGCAGUGGCGGUAAAGUUGUUGUGCGUUUGUUCGAUGAGGAGGGCUACGCCAACGUACGCAAGGCGCAACGAGAUGGUGACAAAGUGGCAAAUGUAGAAUCGCUUAUUGAUAUUACCAUUGCUACUAAGGGAGCCUACAAAGGUCCCUGGGUAAAAGCCGAGUUGGUAGCUGCCUUGGCUGUUGGCGGUAUUGCUUACUUUGCUUUCACUACAAAGAGCAAAGUGCAGGGUUAAAGAAAAGUAGCAAUAUAAGCGAUUCAAUCUCGCUUGUUGAGAUUCAUAUAUAUUGAAUGAAAUUCAUU